AUGUCGUCGAAGGUGAAUCCGCGUCUAGCUAGUGCACCAAUUGGUCAAGAACCGUUACAAUUUCUCAAAGCGAUAAAAGGCUAUGAAAAAGAACCGAUUGUUUCUCUCGAACAAGUCUGUGAACCUCUGCAUGGAAUUCUUGAUGAGCUCAACGAAAAUAUUCAAAUCGCCAAAAUGAAUUGCACACGCCCAUCUGAUGGACUCACACAGGAUGAGUCAGCAGCUAUUCAUAUCUAUACUAUGGAAUGGGAUGAAUCAGAGAGUAGUCUUUAUGCUAAAUUAAAUCGUAUAUUAAGAGCACCGGAACGACGUUUACUCAAGCCUUGGUUCCGAUAUCUUAAACUUUUUCUUACAGCUCUUUAUAAGCUGCCGUAA